CUUACUUAGAGGAUAAAGCAGUCGGCGGGCUGGCUGUGCACGUAACCAGUGCCAACUACACCUCGGCUCAUUAUCCAAAAGUUUUCUAUAUAAAAUGUCUCUGUCUGGCGUCAAAGUCGCUCCCGAAUGUUUGGAGGCUUUCCAAGAGCUCAAGUUGGGCAAGAGCGUUCGUUAUGUUGUUUUCAAGAUGAAUGACACGAAGACCGAAAUUGUUGUCGAGAAAAAGAACACUGACAAGGACUACGAUACUUUCUUGGGUGAGCUCCCCGAGAAGGACUGCCGUUAUGCCAUUUAUGACUUUGAAUACAACCUUGGUGAGGGUGUGAGAAACAAGAUUUGCUUCAUCACUUGGGCUCCUGAUGUUGCCCCCAUUAAGUCUAAGAUGGUUUACGCCUCCUCCAAGGAUACCAUCCGUCGCGCUCUCACUGGUGUCGGCAGCGACAUUCAAGCCACUGACUUCUCCGAGGUCUCCUACGAAUCCGUUCUCGAGAAGGUUACUCGUAAGUAAGCUGUGAUAUGAGUUGCCAGUCUUGAUCUGGAGUAUGCUCCGUGGACUUACGCGUUUAACGUUUUGAUAUGGUUCAUUCUGGUGUUGUAUUGGCGUAUCAUUCGCUUCUGAAGACAUGAAAUGCAUGAAGCAAGUUUUGCAGAUUUGUCGGCAACGGCGCGUUGAAGAUGUGGGUUAAAGUUUGCGGGGCGCGGUUGAAGGGAAUGUGAUUGGCCUGUGGGGACGGCUGCGACAAACCUUAAUUAUGACG